UUUAGUGAAGAUCGUAGUCUAGUCAAAGCGUUCAAUUAUUUGAGUUUUGAUGUAUUCAAUCAUUGGUGUAAUAGUUUGUCUGGAGCUUCUAGUAGCAGUUCAUAUGGGAAGUGCAAUGUCUAUGGCUAGAGCAAAAUCGUGUGAAUUUCCACACAAAGGCGACGGUGGAGUUUUGGACCAGAAUCAAAAUUAUAUUAACGACGCCGCUCUCGUGUGGGUUGAUGUGGCCGAAAAUUGUUUUCACUAUGUAACCGAUCCAAGAGGCAAUGACGCGUUGAACGAUUGGAUCGAUGCAUCCUAUAAAUUUGACAAAGCAAUGAGAAGCGGUGAUGAAGAGGAAUCAUUCAGAAUGAUAGACAAGGCAAACGACAGUUUCAAAAUUGUUGCUCCGUUCAUCCGUAAAUCGGAUCUUUCAAAGUAUUUCAUGAAGGUGUACGAAGAAUUUGGAGCUUUACUCGCGACAAGAAACUUCCAAGUUAUAAACGAGUACAUGAUUGCGGCAUACCCUCAAUUUAAGGAGAAAUUGGGCUGCUAAAGUGAUGCAAUAAAUUCAAUCACAAUGUUUAGAGGACGUAAAGAUUUCUGAGUGACUUUGCUUCGUGAUUAAAGUGAUUAUAGCUGAACCGAUGGUUAUUCUGAUUUGCUUU